AAAUCUUUCUCUAGCAAAGGCCAAGAAGAAUACUUGAACGCAGGAUGUCGAAGGUCAUCCCCAGCCAUGUGGUACGGGUUGGACAGACAAUAUGUGUUUCAUCCCAGGAAGAGCAGUGCUUGCAUAAGCAUGGGUGCUUGCCCUCUCACACGUUGCCCACAAAGUACUUUUAUUACUCAAUGGAAAGUUUGGACAGACAGAGCUCACUUGCCCAAACCAAAGGAUGCUCAUUGCCCAAGACUGAACUCUUUGGCUCUUGGAAGCCUCGAACAGAGACCAUGCCCAUGACAAUGUCUCCAGCCCCAGAAGAUGAAUGUCUGCAAGAGGAACCAUUAGGCACAACCAGUGACACCUGCCCGUUCUCUCCUACUUUGGAUAUAUCCAUUGAGAACCUGAACCGUCUGAUCCUGGAGAUCGAUCCCACUUUCCAGCCUCUUCAGCUCAAGUCAGGCCCAACCCAGAUGCCUGCACAAGUUAUCCCGUGUGAGCAAAAGCAUGCCCCAGAUUCCCCAGACAUAAAAUACAUCGAAAUGUCACCCACCAGAACGAAUUGCACGGAGUUCUUGCAGAAUUCAGCAAGCCCUUCUAGAACUCCACUCUCGGUAUCUCCCCCAAACCAUGUCCGACUACUGCCACAUAGAGAAAGCCCCGGAGAUAACUCCAGCCUUAGAGACCACACUACUUUUUUAUGCAGUAACAACCCCAGAGGCACCCAACGCUUCCUACCCACAGAGAGACAAGCGCCAAUGUCCUUCCAAGCAUCCGCGAGCAUCUCCAUUCCAAAGCGGGAAGAGAACGGCACUACCACCAGCGGGUCAAAUUCUCUUCUGGCCACCUCGCCAGGCUUUGAGAACUUCCUGAAGCCUUUGCCACAUGGGAAGAUUCAGCAGUGGUCCAGUGAAGCAUCUGUACUUUCAACAAGUCCUGGGUCGGAUACCAGUUACAUUCUGGGAAGCACUCAGUCGUUGCCUAGCAAUGAACCGGACACCCCUCCAGCCAGGUCAACAGGAAGUCACUCUUCUGUGGGCUCCAUGAGUGGCUCUUCCAUUGGCCAACAAGGCCUGGAGGCCAUCAAUUCCACUGUCACUUCCUCCCUGAAAGUGAAUUCUCCGCUACCCCCAUCAUUCCAGAAGGGACAGUCCCCACCUGCUCCUCUAUCUCCCCUUGCAAACUCCACAUUCCCUAUCCCCAUUUUGCUUGUCAAUGGUUGUCUGGAACGCAGUGAGAUGUCUGCAAAACCUUCCAAGGUUCGCCAGGGAUCUUUCAAACAGAAGGUAUCCCCACCAAGUUCUGGCACUGUUUCGAGUGUUGGCAGUUCCAGCAAGACCUCUUCUGAGAGCUCACUUACAUCGUUGUCAUCUGGGGAGAGCUAUCCCAGAGAGGCCCAGACAACCAUGAAAUUUGUGCUGGAUACCUCCAAAUAUUGGUUCAAACCAAGCAUCACACGGGACCAAGCUGUUCAGCUGCUGCUGGAUGAACCCCCUGGUACUUUCAUCAUGCGGGAUAGCACCUCUUUCCGCGGCUCCUUUGGCUUGGCCAUGAAGGUCUCCAGCAGCAAAACAGGGGAGGACUGCGGCCCUGAUUCCAUCAGACACUUCCUCAUCGAGUCUUCCACCAGAGGAGUUCAUCUUAAAGGGGCUGAUGAAGAACCCUAUUUCGGAAGCCUCUCCGCGUUUGUCUAUCAACACACCAUCAUGCCUUUAGCAUUACCCUGCAAACUGGUGAUCCCCAGCCAAGAUUUCAUUGGUGGGGAGGAAAAUCUCGCCAUGAGCUCAGAAGCCACUGUUCCCCUUCCAAAUAAAGCAGCUGUUUGCAAUCUCUUGUACCUGCACUCUGUGACCAUGGAGACGCUCACAGGCAAAGCAGCAGUUCAGAAAGCCGUGUCUUCCGUUUUUGAACUGGAGACUCCACCCACACCCACCGUUGUCCAUUUCAAAGUCACCAAGCAAGGAAUUACUUUGACAGACAUCCAGAGAAAGGUUUUUUUCAGACGGCACUACCCAUUGGCUACCAUCAGCUUUUGUGACCUGGAUCCAGAAAAAAGGAAAUGGCAAAAAUUUUCCAGGACUUCAAGGAUCUUUGGUGUUGUCGCCAAGAGCCCAGCCGACGCCGAGAACAUUUGCCACAUCUUUGCAGAGUAUGACCCCGUCCAUCCAGCUUCUCACAUUGUUGACUUCGUGAAGAAAAUCCUACCUGCUGCUUAAGGACGCCUGGACACUGAGCACCGCCUUUCCCAGCUGUCUCCUCACCCCCACCCCAUGCAGA